AUGACGGACCUCCUCCAUCUGCUACCAGACUUCCCCGCCGGCCAAUUCGCCCGCCUGCUCCACGUCCUCGACACCCACGGCGUCACCACCACCGACUUGCUCACCCUCAACGCCGCCGACCUCGGUACCCGGACCAAGCUGCCCCUCCUUGACCUGAAGCGCCUGUCUGCGGCCCUGCGCGCCGAGUGGUCGGCCAUCAGCACCCUCGACGACACGCUCGACGCCGCGCUGGGCGGCGGCAUCCCCGCCGGCUACGUCACCGAGAUCACGGGCGAGAGCGGCGCCGGCAAGACCCAGUUCCUCCUCUCUCUCCUGCUAGCCGUCCAGCUACCGCCCCCGCGGAUGCUCGCGGCUAACCCGCUCCUCGCCGCCGUGGACGCGGACGACCGCCCGACGCUGGACAACAUCCUCAGCACGGUGACGGCGGACUUGGAGUCGCAGGACCAUAUCUUGCAGUUUCAGGUCCCCGUCGAGGUGGAGCGGCGGGGUGUCGGGCUCGUCGUGCUCGAUUCCGUGGCUGCCAAUUACCGCGCCGAGUUUGAGCGCCGGCGGCGGCGGCGGCGCGUCGUCGUCGUCGUCGUCGCGUGGCUUCAAUAUGGGUGCGAGGGGAAUGAGCUUGUGCGCUUGGGCGCGCAUCUACGGGAGCUGGCGCGCAAGUAUAAUCUUGCCAUUGUCGUAGCGAAUCAGGUCGCUGACCGUUUCUCGCCGCCGCCGGCUCUGCCUUUACUGUUUUCCUCUGCGACACCCGCGGGCCCGCCUAGCAGUAGCGCUUUCGGCGGCUUAACGCAGGAGAGCCCCUCGCGUCGCGCACGAGGCGCGUAA